AUGGCUUGCUCUCACACACAGACUACCAAUUUCCCCGCAGUCCGGGCGUGCAUCUUCGACUUGGACGGGCUCCUCAUCAACUCAGAAGACAUCAUCACUCAAUCCACCAACCGCCUUCUUGAAACUUAUGGAAGACCGGCCUUUACUCCAUCGAUUCGAGCCCAGCUCAUGGGUAUCCCCGACUCGACAAACAGCGACCUGUUCCACAACUGGGCCAAAUUGCCCAUUUCCCGGGAGCAAUUUGCGCGUGAAUUAAGGGAGGAAAUGCACCUGCAGUUCCAGAAUUGUACCCCGCUGCCUGGAGCGGCGAAGCUUCUGUCGAACCUCAGCCGUGCACGGAGUGCUUCUUCUGGGGACCAGAUCGAGCUGGCAUUGGCGUCCAGCACCAAGAGCCAUACCUUCGAAUUGAAAAUUUCCAGACCGGAAACAAAAGAGCUGCUUAGCUUUUUCCCGUCUAAUAGGCGGGUCCUAGGUGAUGACUCGCGGGUGCGACAUGGUCGAGGGAAGCCAGCGCCGGAUAUAUAUCUAGUUGCGUUGCAGGCGUUGAACGCUGGGGCAAACUCUGACGGGAAAGCCAUCUUGCCCAGCGAAUGUUUGGUAUUUGAAGAUAGCUUGGCAGGGGUAGAGGCUGGAAGACGGGCUGGGAUGAGGGUUGUUUGGGUACCGCAUCCGGAUUUGGCGGUCGAGUAUCAAGGGAGGCAGAAGGAGGUGCUGGCUGGGAGGACGGGGAUGAGUGAAAUCGGAGAUGAGUGGCAGCUAGGAGAGAUUGGUGACGACUGGGCUGAAUGUAUACCGAGUCUGGAUCACUUUGAUUACAAGAAGUACGGCAUCGUUGUACAGUCAUAG